AAAAGCCCUUGCCGCGGCUGUUGGUGCAGCCCUGCACAGCAGCUGGGAAGGGGAUGUGGUGCCUGGCAGCAAGUGACACUGGGGUGAGUUGAGUACCUGCGGUGGGGCGGAGCCUCCCCGCCCCAGCCAUGCCCCACCCGUCCAUGGCUGCCCAAUGGGCUGCGGCGGGGCGCGGCCCGGGGCGUGGCCUUGCUGCAUAUGCAUGUAUGCAGAUGAGCAGGUGCGGGCAGAGCGCGGCGGCGGGACGCGACGGCACGGGACGGGGACUUGGACGGGCACCGGGACGGGCACCGGCGGCGGGGCCAUGGCCACGGCGGGGCCGCGGUCCUUCAGCGCCGCCGAGGUGCGGGCGCGCUGCGCGCAGGGCGCCUGCCUGGUCUCCUGCCACCGCCGCCUGUACGACCUGAGCGGCUUCGUGCGGCUGCACCCGGGCGGGGAGCAGCUGCUGCGCCGCCGGGCCGGCACCGACGUGAGCGCGGCGCUGGACGGGCCGCCCCACCGGCACUCGGAGAACGCCCGCCGCUGGCUGGAGCAGUACUACGUGGGGGAGAUAGAGCCCGGCGAUGAGCAGAGCCUCUCUGAGACAGUGGAUGAGAAGGAGGUAAUGUCUGCAGCCCAGACUCCAGAGCAGACAGAUCUCUGCUACAAAACAGUGCAUGUGGAGACGGACCUGGUAGACUGGCAGAAGCCCUUGCUGUGGCAGGUGGGCUACUUAGGGGAGAAGUACGACGAGUGGGUGCACCAGCCUGUGGAUCGGCCCAUCCGCCUCUUCCACUCGGAUUUCCUUGAGUUCCUCUCCAAGACAGCGUGGUACGUGGUGUUCAUGGUAUGGACGCCCGUGGUGCUCUAUCUCAGCUGGGUCAGCUACACCUCCCUUGCUCAGGGCAACACCAGGCUCUUCUCCUCCUUCACCACAGAGUAUUCCAUCCCCGUCCACAAAUACUACUUCCCCUUCAUCUUCCUCCUGGGAAUGAUCCUGUGGUCCCUGCUAGAGUACCUCAUCCAUCGCUUUGUCUUCCACAUGAAGCCACCCGCUAGUAAUUACUAUCUCAUCACGCUGCAUUUCUUGCUGCAUGGGCAGCAUCACAAGUCUCCCUUCGACAGCUCCCGCCUGGUCUUCCCUCCCGUGCCAGCCUCGCUGGUGAUCGGCUUCUUCUACGGCGUCCUGCGGCUGCUGCUGCCCGAGGUGCUGGGGCUCUCGGUGUUCGUCGGGGGGCUCUGUGGCUACGUCAUCUACGACAUGAUGCACUACUACCUGCACUACGGCUCUCCCAGGAAGGGCACCUACCUGUAUGGCCUCAAGGCUUACCACGUCAAGCACCACUUUGAACACCAAAAAUCAGGUUUUGGCAUCAGCACACGCUUCUGGGAUUAUCCUUUCCGGACACUCAUCCCUGAGGAGACCUUCAAGAAAGAGGACUGACAGCCCCAGCCCAGUGCUCAGCUGCUGGCUCUGUACCCCCUGCACUGGGGCUGGUGUCCCUCCCCAGCCCCAGCUGGUCCCUGCCCCCUUCCUGGGGGCUGUGCCACAGCAGUGACUCCAAAGUGGAGCAUCCCUGUGGAGUGCUGUGGUCCAGCUGUGGCACUGGCAAGGGGAUGGGGGGGCUGAGGAUGGUGAGGAAAGGGGAGGAGGAGGCUGUGGGGUUCCCUGGUGGACUCCUGCCCCUACCUCGCUGCCCUCCCGCUCCAGGCUAUGGAUGCACGGGCAGAUUGCUGCCUGAGAGAUGAAGUGCCUGAUGCUGCCCUCCCUCCUCUGCCCUGGCACCUUGCCAGAGCCCCUGUCUCUCCUGGGCUGCCCUCUCCCAGGGCACUCAACACGCUGCAGUUGCCCCUGUUGCCUAACUCAUGCCAAGGGAUUCCCUGUCCUAGGUCCUUCUCCCAGCCCAUCUCAGCACGGGGUUUUCUUGGCCUGCAGCCCUUUUGGGGCGGGUCCCACAGCUCUGGAUUGUGCCUUUUUCUAACCAGUGCACCCAUAUCUCUCUGCCAGAUUUAUCAAGUUCAUGGUUUUCAUAGCCAUUGGCACUUGAAACUCAAACUCCAAUGAAAAGAAUUACUAUGAGAUGCCUUUUUUGCUGAUCCUGUGAUUUUAUUUUUUAUUACUUUUUCCCUAAUGUUUACUGCAGAUAUUUAAAGGUUUGAAAUAAAUUUAUAUGUAAAACUGUAGACACUACAAUUGUAAAUAAACUGUAUAUUUUGAAAAAUAAA